ACUGUGGCCAGUAGCGCCGGGGCCAGUGGAUGAACGGCCAGGGCAGCGGAGAACGAGCGGAGCCGGUUCCCCCGCGACAGUGGACGCGCCCGGGGCGGGGCCUGGGGGGAGUUCUUCCCGUGCGGCCGGACCGGGCCGCGCAGUCUGGAACGCGCCGCCGCCAUGAUCAUUCCUGUACGGUGUUUCACUUGCGGCAAGAUCGUCGGCAACAAGUGGGAGGCCUACCUGGGGCUGCUGCAGGCCGAGUACACUGAGGGGGAUGCGCUGGACGCCCUGGGCCUGAAGCGCUACUGCUGCCGCCGGAUGCUGCUGGCCCACGUGGACCUGAUCGAGAAGCUGCUCAAUUAUGCACCCCUGGAGAAGUGACCAGGCUGGGGUCCGCCUACCUGCCAUGCUGACCAUGGGCCAUGAGCAUCCUGCCCCAAGUUCACAAGGCUGAGGCAUCCAGGAGCUGGCGCAAUGCCUCGCCACAGCAUGUGUGUGUCCCAUCCCCCACUCUGGAAGGAACCAUCCAGUAAAGGUCUUUCAGAACUA